AUGUGCUCCCGACAGAGCUCCGGAGGCUGCCAUGAGACGUCCUCCCAGUCCGGGGGGUGCCACAGCGGGGGCUCGUGCUGCCACGGGGGCAGCUCCUCCAGCUACCAGGCGCAGGGGGGCUCCUGCUGCAGUGGGGGCUCCUCAGGCUACGGCAUGGGAGGAGGAUACAGCAGCGGUGGCUCUUCAGGAUCAAAGAGCAUAAUUGGAGGUGGAGGCAGUGGAGGGUCCUCUGGGUGCUGCGGUGGUGGAUCCAGCAGUGGUGGGUCAUCAGGAGGCAAGAUCAUAAUUGUAGGAGGUGGAAGCAGCAGCGGUGGAUCCUCCGGGUGCUGCAGUGGAGGCUCCUCUGGCUCUGGCAUGGGAGGAGGAUAUAGCAGUGGUGGCUCUUCAGGAUCAAAGAGCAUUAUUGGAGGUGGAGGCAGUGGAGGGUCCUCCGGAUGCUGUGGUGGAGGCUCCUCUGGCUACGGCAUGGGAGGAGGAUACAGCAGCGGUGGCUCUUCAGGAUCAAAGAGCAUUAUUGGAGGUGGAAGCAGUGGAGGGUCCUCUGGGUGCUGUGGUGGUGGAUCCAGCAGUGGUGGGUCAUCAGGAGGCAAGAUCAUAAUUGUAGGAGGUGGAAGCAGCAGCGGUGGAUCCUCUGGGUGCUGCAGUGGAGGCUCCUCUGCCUCUGGCAUGGGAGGAGGAUAUAGCAGUGGUGGCUCUUCAGGAUCAAAGAGCAUUAUUGGAGGUGGAGGCAGUGGAGGGUCCUCUGGGUGCUGCGGUGGUGGAUCCAGCAGUGGAGGGGCUUCGAGUGGCAAGAUCAUAGUUGUAGGAGGUGGAAGCAGCAGCGGUGGAUCCUCUGGGUGCUGUGGUGGGGGCUCCUCUGGCUCUGGCAUGGGAGGAGGAUAUAGCAGUGGUGGCUCUUCAGGAUCAAAGAGCAUUAUUACAGGUGGAGGCAGUGGAGGGUCCUCCGGAUGCUGUGGUGGAGGCUCCUCUGGCUACGGCAUGGGAGGAGGAUACAGCAGCGGUGGCUCUUCAGGAUCAAAGAGCAUUAUUGGAGGUGGAAGCAGUGGAGGGUCCUCUGGGUGCUGUGGUGGUGGAUCCAGCAGUGGUGGGUCAUCAGGAGGCAAGAUCAUAGUUGUAGGAGGUGGGAGCAGUGGAGGGUCAUCUGGAUGUUGCGGUGGGAGCUCUUCUGGCUAUGGCAUGGGAGGAGGAUACAGCAGUGGUGGCUCUUCAGGAUCAAAGAGCAUUAUUGGAGGUGGAGGCAGUGGUGGUUCCUCUGGGUGCUGCGGUGGAGGAUCCAGCAGUGGUGGAUCAUCAGGAGGCAAGAUAAUAAUUGUUGGAGGUGGAAGCAGCAGCGGUGGAUCCUCUGGAUGCUGCGGUGGGGGCUCCUCAGGUGGAGGAGGUGGCUCCUCAGGAUGCUGCUGCAGUGGGGGCUCCAGCGGAGGCAGUGGCGGGUCCUCCCAGUCCAUGCGGCAGAAAUGCCCCAUUGUCAUUCCCAGCACCCAGGGCCAUCAGACCAAGCAGGCCUGCCCCUGGCCCCCCAGCCACAAGUAA